AUGUCAAUGGUGAUUUUGUUGAAGCAACACACUAUUGGAUUUGAGAGCGAUCCCGGUCAAGUUGAUGUUUGGUCUGUGAAAUGUCUACAACCGGGUACUGUGAACUUAAGGUUUCAGAGGGUUAAAGAAAGCAUUGAUGAAGCCAAAACGGAUGCUCCCGAUGAAUCUGAUGUCGUAGCGGACAUCGAGAUCACAUUUGAGCAUAAACCGGGUUCAACAACACCUACUGGAAAAAGACAACUCCCGGGUGGAUCAAGCGAAUCAACCAGCUUUGAAGGACUUUGUGAUGGAGAACUGUCGUCGAACAAGCUUAAAAAGAUUAUUAAGUUGGAAAAGGAUGAAUGGACAAUGCUAUAG